UCUCUCAUUGCUGCUAAUUUGCGGAAAGAAAAAAGCGAGAGAAAAAAACAUUACUAAUCAAAACUAAACAAACAAAAACGCACGCAUUUGCUGCUGUUUUAACGUGGUGAAGAAUAUUGUGAAUAAUGUGGCAAAUUGCAAUCGAUUGUACUUAGUUAUACAUAUGCAUAUUAAAUAUUCAAUUGCCGCCGCUAGCCUAAAACAACACGCCAACUAAAACUCUAGGGGCAGCCAGCCAACCAGUCAGCGAGAUAGCAACAGACAACAGAAGAACCACCGUUGCCUCCGUCGUCGUCGCCGUUGCCGUCGUAGUAGUCGAAUUUUUCUUACGCACUAUUUACUCGGCUCAGUCGUGUGUUGUCGGUGUGUCGAAAAUAAAAAAAAAUAACGCAACGAAUUGAAUCGAAAAGUAAAAAAAAACAAGCAAGCAAACAACGUUACUAAAUUAAUACAAAUUCCAAAGUAACUAAAACAAUCAAAUCAAGUGCGCAAUGAGUGAGAAGGCGACAACGACAGCAGCGCCCACAAAGGAUAAUACGCCCGCUAGGCUUAAAAUUGAACAGGAAUAUAAUGACAAAAAAACUGGAUCGGGAUGGCAUCGGUUCUACAAGGAAUUGUGCGAAAUAUGCGAUCGUGAGGCUAAAGAGCAACAGUUUACCACAUUGGAAUCGGAGCGUUCACAGAAUCGAGGACUGAAUAGAUAUCGAGAUGUCAAUCCCUACGAUCAUUCGCGCAUUAUCCUCAGACGUGGCAAUGUCGACUAUAUCAAUGCCAAUCUGGUGAAACUUGAUCGCGCCGAUCGUCAAUAUAUACUGACACAGGGUCCGCUGCUGGACACGGUGGGGCAUCUAUGGCUGAUGGUAUGGGAGCAAAACUCGCGCGCCAUUCUUAUGCUCAACAAACUGAUGGAGAAGAAACAAGUCAAAUGCCAUCUGUAUUGGCCAGAUCAACUGGGACCAGAGCACGCUCUAAAUCUGCGCGAUGUCAACUUAUCCGUUGAGCUCAUCUGCUGCGAGAACUAUCAGAACUUUGUGCGUCGAUGGUUCAAAUUAACUGAUCUCGAAACGAAAACGAGCCGUGAGGUUAUGCAGUUUCAUUACACGACCUGGCCGGACUUUGGCAUACCCAGUUCGCCGGAUGCUUUCCUCAAGUUCUUGCAACAGGUGCGCGACUCGGGUGCACUCAACAAAGAUGUGGGUCCAGCUGUCGUUCACUGCAGCGCUGGCAUCGGUCGCUCUGGUACUUUUUGCCUGGUCGACUGUUGCCUGGUGCUGGUGGAUAAAUACGGCGAAUGCAAUGUGGCCAAGGUGUUGUGCAAACUGCGCAGCUAUCGCCUCGGGCUUAUACAGACACCCGAUCAAUUGGACUUUUCAUAUCAGGCAAUCAUUGAGGGCAUCAAGAAGUUGAACGACCCCAGCUUUCUUGAGGCAGAGGAGCCGAUUCUUAGCAAUGAUACGGAACCGCACACACAGGACGAACAACCGCCGCCAUUGCCACCGCGUUCGCACUCCCUCAACUUGCCAUUGGCGCCCAACACUGGUGGCGUUCUCUCCCUCGAUAUGCGCGCUGCGCAUGCCAAUGGCGAUGGCAUUGUUGGCGAAGGCGAUGUUAUCUUGAGCGGCGGCGUCGGCGAGAAGCCAACGCUGAGCAGCAAAGAUGCGCUCAACAAUAUUAUUAUCAAUCAGCAUGAGAUCGUAAAUGCCGAGGUGGCAGACAGUCUAUUGAAUAAUCGGCCAUUGCCUCCGUUGCCCACGUUACCUCAGCACAGUGAACAGGAAUCGGAUAGCGAUGAUGAGGACGAGGACUAUGAUGAUAACGACGAUGAUGAGGAUGAUGACGACGAGGAGGAGUAUGAGACAAUUGACGAACACAAAUUGGAUACAGCCAACGGUGAUGUAACAUUGCUGCAACCGCAUGAAGACGAUGUCAAUGCCAACAGCGAGAAGCCAACAGCGGCUGUCGAGCCGCACAAGGUCAACGGCAUUGAUUUGACAACGAGUUCCGGGGAUGAGCUGAAGCGACGAAAACGCACCGAAUAUCAAGCGAAUCUGGAGCAGAAAGUCAACGAAAUCAAGCGAAAGCAGCGCGAAAACGAGGACAAUCAGCAGGCGGCGAAAAAACGAAGGUCAUUACUCACAUAUAUUGCGGCAGGUGUUGUGGUUGGCGUUAUCGCCGCCUACGCGUACACGAAGCUAGGUUAAGUCCUUGACCAAAACGGCCCCCACCCACUAUCCAAAACAACCUUCUCCCCCCAAGUCCCCUAGUAGUUAUCAUCGAGCCAGGAAGUAGUCCAGGAAAUAGAUGUAGCAAUUAGCAGUAUGUAGUUUGUGGCACUAGCGUGACAAUGAAUGAUCCCGAGAUUCUCGGGCACAUAUGUAUGAUGAUGAUGAUGAUGUAUAUGUAUGUAUUGUAUGUAGGUCUUAUAUCGAGCUAACAUCAAAUGUCAGCGCGACACCAACACUUGCACACACACACGAACACAACACACAGAAUAUACGAGAAAACGGACAGCGAACGAGAUCAAUGCGAAUAUGUCGCAUUUGUUGCAAUGUUAAUGGCAAUGCAUAUUAGGGAAUUUUUU